UUUUGUAUUAAUUUGUACAAAUUAUAAUUGUACAUUACAAGUUCCGACCAUAAUUUCUUCCCAUUGUGUGGAGAUUUUUCAUAUAAUAGUUCUUUUGACUCCAAGGAAUUAAAAUGCAGAAGUCGUUAAUAUUUCUUCUUAGAAAUGUAAAUGGAAAGACACACUUUUACGAAAUAUACAAAUGCAUACCUAUUUGCGAAAGAAAUGAAUAGGACUACAACAACAACAACUAAAAAGGAAAAUCAUUUCAACAUUUACAUUCAUUUUCAAAAUAUCACCGCACUGUCGACAUUAUACGUGUGACUAUGACGUUACAUUGUUCUUGUUCUUGUUGCUGGUGUUGUUAUUGUUAAUUCCUUCCUCUCUCUCACUCUCUCUUGGCCUGACGUGAGUGAUGCUGCCAUGCUAAUGCCGAUGAUCGUGAAAUGUGGCAGAGUCGUACGGAAAAAACGAUGAAACAACCAACAACAUCCAUCUAAGGUGGAUAUUCAGAUUCUUUGGCAAUAAAGAUAUUUUUCUGCGCUUGAUUUUUAGUUGCGUUUUGGAUGUCAACGCGUAUCGUAUCGUCUGCCCGCCGCCGCCGACAGACACACUAAUGUCAAACACCAACGCCUAAAGAACGCGCGUGCCUUUAGUACCGUUGGAUUUUAUUAAACCCAUACAUAUAUUCAUAUACCCAUGCGGAACUCCUCGCAUUGUCUGGCCGAUGAAAAAAAAAGGAAAAUAAUCAUAAAAACCAAAACAAAAUGGCCUUUAACAAACAACAAGUGUCUGAAUAAAUUUUGAACUUAUGUACAUAUCUGCCAAACUAUUUAAUGUUUCUGCGAUUGAAAACGCGAAGAAAGAAAAGAAGAGCAAAAUACAAAAUUUAUUUUUAUCCCCAACACGACUGGCCAUCUAAAAGAAUUCACUUCUUAACUUUUUCAAAAAUUUAUUCGGCUAAAAACGCGAGCGCGUGUGUGUGCAUGUGUAUUUGAGAGAGCGAGUGUGUGUGUGUGGCUGUGCGCCGCUGGCUUUUAAUCCGUAUUUGGUCAUUUUCACAAUUAAAGGGCAUCAAAUUUCAUGAGCCAAAAAAAAAAAAACAACAACAGAAAAACCCCACCACGAUAUAAACAAAGUCAAGCGAAAGUAUUUACUCAUGCUCUGCGCUCUUGUUCUCCCGCCAAUGAGUUCAUAACGGUUCAGUACAACACGUAUACGCUACCCUGCACUAAAAACAUUUGUAAUCUCGUUCGUCGUGUGCAUUCUCCGAGUAUAGCCGCGCCGCACCGGUAAAUAAAUGUUAGCAUUGAUUUGUUGUACGUAGACGUGCGUGUGUUUGUGUGUGUGUGGCGUGUUUCUUGUGUUGAUGACAGUCCUCCGUUUGUUUGUUUUGAUCUCACUCAAUUGCAUCAAUUGUCAAUUGGAUGCGUUGUUGUUGUUGUAUGUUAUUCUGAUUCAAAACGCUUUAUGACAUUGAUGGAUAAUUUAAAAAUGCUACCGGAAUUUUUAUUUAACGUUGGCCAUAGCAUGCAAGAAAUUUCCCGCGAUGACUUCUCACUCUUGAAUGUGGGCGAUAGUCUCAACUCCUCAAACAGCCACACGGAAAAGGAUAUGUGUCCAACCCUCAUAUCCAGGAUACAAAGUUCAUCACCCAUCAGUCCGGUACUGCCGAAACGCUUGACACCAGUUGAUAUUUAUAAUGCAGCACCCGCCACUGCCUUUGCCUCCGUUAAGCUCGAAGAUACCAACACCCUAGAUUUAUUUCCCUCACACCCAAGUACUUGGCAACAGCAUCCCAUGAAUAGUCACGAAUUCAACCACCAUCGUUUAUCUGUCCAUCAUCAUCAUCACCACCACCACCACAGUCAAAGGUUCGAUCAUAGCAAUAAUAGCAAAUUGUUGCUUCAGGGUUCAGAGGAUCCUUUGAUAAGUCACGGUGCCAAUAAUGUUAUUAGUCAUGACGAUGAGCAUCCAGCAGACUUUGCCAAAUGUCUACUAACAUCGGAGGAGCUUCCUCAAACAUCUAGCAGCUCUGUUGCAGCGGCGCAAGAAUCUCCAAUAUUUACAACGAUUAUCAGAAAACCAGUUAAUGGACCACCACCACCACCAUUGCAUGCUUCAACAGAUGUCCCGGCGAAACCCAUAAAAAGUGGCUGCAGCAAUCUAACCAAACAACAGCUCAAAGUUAAGGCAAAUCUAAUGAGUGCUAGAAACCAACAACAACAACAACAGUUACAACAGCAGCAGCAACAACAACAACAGAGGGAGAAUAAUGUCUCCUCCACCACAAUGUCUAACCAAUGUCCAAGUCAAAAAAUACGCAACGCCGGUGCCACAAAGACCCGAAAGAAAACCAACACAUCCAUCAAAUUAAGAUUCCAUCAUCAAGCAUUACCGCCCGAAUAUCUUAGCCAUUAUGAAGCGACACAAGGUCAGACAAGGCCAACAAAGCCGGCAAAGUCUACAACAAAUCCACAACGUCCAGCUCAAAAGUCCUCCAAUAGGAAUUCCCAUGAGAACGUCAGGAGUUGGCUACAAAAAAUUGCUGAAAUUCAAAGAACGGCAAAUGCUUCGAAGAACGCCGACAACAAAGUUUGUAACACUCAACAGUCCUCUCUCGAUUCCAACAACAAUCCCCAAAAUCAGAGUAGAAAUCAUGGCCCAACUACCGCGGCCACAACCGCCAUUCCCGGCAAUAGCGAGGCGAGCUCCUCAAACACUACGGCAAAGUCUGUCAAGUCUGUUAACCAUCGAAAAACUCAUUUCUAUUCCGACCUACCGUAUAUGGGUGAGAUCACAUUGGACAACAGUAAGCCACGCAGGGGACGCAAACCCAAGAAGGCGGACAUUUGUCACUUAAUAUAUAAAAAUUAUGGGACAAUAAUGCCCAAAAAUCAAACCGCGACGCACGAUUCCCAAGUCGAUCUCAAGCACCGUUUGGAGGACAAACACACCAAGACUGAUGAUGGCGAAGAGCAACCCCUCAAUCUCUGUCUACGCGAUCAACAAACUGACGCCUAUUCAAUUUCAAGUGCAGAUGAUGCCUCUGAGACAAAUUCCAGUUGCCCCACACCGCCCAUAACAACCCCCUCCGACAUUGAUCGGGAUUCCAUGCUGGCGAAUAACUUGAAAAGAUCACUAACGAAUCUCAACGAGCUGGACAAUGACCACAUUAAAUUGGAAGCAAAAGACAUGACCCCUACGACAUCGCACCAUCCGUCGAGUAAUGCCAACACCGAAGGAUCUCCACUGGACCCGCUAACGCUUUACUACCAGAAACUCCUGGAGAGUGGAGUAUUAUUGCAAAACGCCAAUGGUCCCAUCAAAACCAUUCAAAAAGACAAUCAGUUGGCAUUAAAAAUACCCAUACCCAGCGGUCUCUUCUUAACACCCAAAGUUGAAAAAACACUCGGUACGGCCUCAAGUCCAGCACCCUCCGUUGCCAAUAGCCUAAAUCUAGAUUAUCCCGAACAAUUGUCUACACCGUCCUCAAUCAAGUCUGAGAAUUCAACUGCAACAAAUGCAAGCUCCAGCACGGUGAUUGGCAACAACACACAACAAAACCAAACACCUCAGAAACGUAAGCGAUCGGCCAUUUUCAUACCGCCCAUGAACACGGAGAAUACCUCUAACCCCGCAACAGAAGUGAGCAUUUGCAAAUUUAAGUUUACGGGCGGCUCGAAGCCAACAUUGCAGGAGAAGAAGAUGCUUUCGGUAGAUGCUGGUGGCAAUUAUCGUUACUUCAGUGGAACUGGAGACAAAACCACACGGGGCUAUGAGUAUUUUCCCAGGGAAAUGAUGCAAAGUGGCGGUCUAACGCAUGGAACGGGUCAAAAGCUGCUGAUAGAUAUACCACCGCCCUCAGCGGGUCUUAGCAAUGAAUUGCUGCACAUACCAGAAUCUCCCACGGCCAAUAUGCUAUUGCAGCCAGUAACAAGUAGUAGCGUUAUUACCCAUACAGCAAUAUCUGCCAAAGCCACGCCCCCACCACCUCCACCCACUGGGACUGUGACUGAAGAAAUGCCACCAAGUGAGCCAUGCGUCCAAAACUAUUUCGAAGAGAAUUUUGACUACAAUCAAACACCCUCCACAUCUCCAUCGAGUACAAAUCGCUUUAUGCUAUCGCGCAAAAAGCAAGCCUUGCACCAGUUGCGACGCAGCACACAAAGGGAGAAGCUGGAGAAGACCUUCAAAGAACAGGGAUUUCUCAUACAAACGCAACAGUUGGAAUCGGCGGAGGGAGCGACUUAUUGUAAAUUUCGUCAGUUGAAGAAAUUUACAAGAUAUUUAUUUAGAAACUGGAAAGAUUACUUACCAGACGAUAUACAUAGAAAUGGGCAUGGGCCGGUCAUGGCAUCGCCGGCAACUUCGGCAAUUGCUUGCGCUGCGGCUGCUACCGAUGAAAAAGAAGGAUCACUUGCAAAUUUGUCACUACACCAUCAUCGAGGGGAUUUCCCGACGGUGGAAAGUGUUGUAGCGCGCGACCGAGGGGAAGAACAUAUAAUCGAAUAGUUGAGGGGGGAAAUAUUUCUGAAUUUCAAAACAAUUACAUCAUUAAUUGUAAAACUGCUGGCGAUUGUCUCUGGGUCAUUUAAGAGACUUUGUUACCUGUUAUAAAUUCUAAAAAAAUACAACCCCCCCAAAAUACAUUUGUAUGAAUUGUGUAGAGCUCGAUUUGAGGUCUUUUCGAUCUUAUCACAAUUUUUUCUUAAAAUUAAUCAACUGAAUAAUUAUAAUUUGUAAAUAUCUACUAAGAACACAUCUAAAAUGCUGCCAAAGAUAUGAUUUAAGUUUUGUUGUGACAUUUAUACAUUUAAUUGCAUCAUUUUUUUUCUUUUUGUUGAGGUGUACAAGCUCCGGACUAUCUAGCAUUUAUAGCAAACAAAUUUCAGGGUGUUAUGGAA